UUGCGUUGAACUUAAAAGGGUUUUCUUAUUUUUGCUGUGUGCGUUUUCUAGCAAGUAUUCUUGGUUGCACACUCAUGUUAUUAAUUCCUUGUCCUAGUGUAAAUAUUUAUGUUUAGCUCAUGAUUUGGCUGUGCUAAAGGUAAGUUUGGAAAGUGCUUUUCUCUUUACCUUAUUAAAAAUGUGGAUGAUCAGAGAAAGGGGCUUUUCUUGUUGCUGACGACAACAUGUGUGACAUGUGAGUCUGAACCACCCAGCGUCUGUGCAGGAGCUGUAAACAUGUUUACCUGAACAGGAAAGAAAAUGGAUUUUUCUCUUAAAGAUCCAGUGAUAUGAAUACCAUACUCUUAAAGCAUAUCAACAGAUGACUUGAGAGAGAAAUUUUCUGAAAACCUGGCUUUUGAAAUCGACGGGAAAAAAGAUCCUUGAUUGCUGCAGCAAAUGGCAACUUGUGCAGUCACCAAUUAUAACAAUGUGGUAGAAGCAAACUCAGACUCAGAUGAUGAAGAUAAAUUGCAUAUAGUGGAAGAGGAAAGCGUAACGGAUGCAGCAGACUGUGAUGCUGGUGUGCCAGAAGAUGACUUGCCAACGGACCAUAUAGUGUUACCAGAAAACAGUGAAAGAGAAGCCAGUACAAACACUUGUUGGGAAGAUGAAGCUGGAAAAGAAAGAAAGGAAAUCCUGGGGCCUGACGCUCAGACAGAUGAAAUUGGAUGUACAGUAAAAGAAGAUGAAUGUGAUUCUGAUGCAGAGAAUGAGCAAAACCAUGACCCUAAUGUUGAAGAAUUCCUUCAACAAGAAGAUACAGCUGUUAUCUACCCUGAAGCACCUGAGGAGGACCAGAGACAAGGCACGCCAGAAGCUAGUGGUCAGGAUGAAAAUGGAACUCCUGACGCGUUUUCCCAGCUGCUCACGUGCCCGUACUGCGAUCGAGGGUACAAGCGUUUCACCUCUCUGAAGGAACACAUCAAAUACCGCCAUGAGAAGAACGAAGAUAACUUCAGCUGCUCCUUGUGCAGUUACACCUUCGCGUACAGAACGCAGCUCGACCGCCACAUGACAUCACACAAAUCAGGAAGAGACCCAACUUCUUUCUUACAGAGACAUGUGACGCAGUCCAGCGGUAAUCGAAAAUUCAAGUGCACUGAAUGUGGAAAAGCUUUUAAAUAUAAACAUCACCUAAAGGAGCACCUACGAAUCCACAGUGGAGAGAAGCCAUAUGAGUGCCCAAACUGCAAGAAACGUUUUUCCCAUUCUGGUUCAUACAGUUCACACAUAAGCAGUAAGAAGUGUAUUGGUUUGAUGCCCGUGAAUGGUCGAGCCCGGUCAGGGCUCAAGAUGUCUCAGUGCUCCUCCCCUUCCCUUUCUGCAUCACCAGGUAGCCCAGCAAGACCACAGAUACGACAAAAGAUAGAAAAUAAACCCUUGCAAGAGCAGCUUCCUCUUAACCAAAUUAAAACUGAACCUGUGGAUUAUGAAUUCAAGCCCAUAGUGGUUGCUUCAGGAAUUAAUUGUUCAACCCCUUUGCAAAAUGGGGUUUUUAGUGGUGGUAGCCCAUUGCAGGCAACCAGUUCUCCUCAGGGUGUGGUGCAAGCUGUUGUUCUACCAACAGUAGGUCUGGUGUCUCCCAUAAGCAUCAAUUUAAGUGACAUUCAAAAUGUACUAAAAGUGGCAGUGGAUGGUAAUGUAAUAAGGCAAGUACUGGAAAACAAUCAUGCUAAUCUUGCGUCCAAAGAACAAGAAACAAUCAACAAUGCAUCUAUACAACAAGCUGGCCAUUCCCUCAUUUCAGCUAUCAGUCUUCCUUUGGUUGACCAGGAUGGGACAACCAAAAUUAUCAUCAACUAUAGCUUGGAGCAGCCAAGUCAACUUCAGGUUGUUCCACAAAAUCUAAAAAAAGAAAACUCUGUUCCUGCAAAUAGUUGCAAAAAUGAGAAAUUACCACAAGAUCUCACAGUGAAGUCUGAGAAAGAUAAGAACUUUGAAGGAGAGACCAACGAUAGCACUUGUCUUCUUUGUGAUGACUGUCCAGGAGAUCUUAAUGCACUUCAAGAAUUAAAGCACUAUGAAACAAAAAGCCCUCCUCAGCUUCCCCAGCCCAGUGGAGCAGAAGCUGAGAAAUCCGAGUCCCCUGUCCCAUCAGAAACCGGGGAGAACAACUUGUCUCCUGGUCAGCCACCUUUAAAGAACCUUCUGUCGCUCCUAAAAGCGUAUUAUGCAUUAAAUGCACAACCAAGCGCAGAAGAGCUUUCAAAAAUAGCAGAUUCCGUAAACCUACCGCUGGAUGUGGUAAAAAAGUGGUUUGAAAAAAUGCAAGCUGGACAAAUUUCUGUGCAGUCUUCUGGACCAUCUUCUCCUGAGCAAGUUAAACUAAGCAGUCCCACAGACAACGAUGAUCAAGCAGCAACUUCAGAUGUGAGUGAACCCCAGAACAGCACAAAUAACUCACAAAAUCCUGUCAGUACAACGAAAUCUCAGACUUUACCAGGGGCUUCAACUCUGAAUGGUUCACACAGUAGCACGCCAUCUGCAUCACCACUAAACCUUUCUUCAUCAAGAAAUUCACAGGGUUACACGUACACGGCAGAGGGUGUACAAGAAGAGCCACAAAUAGAACCUCUUGACCUUUCGCUACCAAAGCAACAUGGAGAACUGUUGGAAAGAUCUACCAUAACUAGUGUUUACCAGAACAGUGUUUAUUCUGUCCAAGAAGAACCUUUGAACUUAACUUGUGCAAAAAAAGAACCACAAAAGGACAACAGUGUUACAGACUCUGAUCCUAUUGUAAAUGUAAUCCCACCAAGUGCCAAUCCCAUAAAUAUUGCUAUACCUACAGUCACUGCCCAGUUACCUACAAUUGUUGCCAUUGCUGACCAGAACAGUGUUCCCUGCUUGAGAGCUCUCGCUGCCAAUAAGCAAACCAUUUUGAUUCCACAGGUGGCUUAUACAUACUCUACUACAGUUAGUCCUGCAGUUCAUGAGACACCACCAAAACAGACCCAAGCCAAUGGAAAUCAGGAUGAAAGGCAAGACACUAGCUCAGAAGGAAUAUCCAAUUUAGAAGAUCAAAACGAUUCUGAUUCAACACCCCCAAAGAAAAAAAUGAGAAAGACAGAAAAUGGGAUGUAUGCAUGUGAUUUAUGUGACAAAAUAUUCCAGAAGAGCAGCUCGUUAUUGAGACAUAAGUAUGAACACACAGGUAAAAGACCUCACGAGUGUGGAAUCUGUACAAAAGCAUUUAAACACAAACACCAUUUGAUUGAACACAUGCGACUGCAUUCUGGGGAAAAGCCCUACCAAUGUGACAAGUGUGGAAAGAGGUUUUCACACUCGGGCUCUUACUCUCAACACAUGAACCAUCGCUACUCCUACUGCAAAAGGGAGACGGAGGAGCGCGACAGCGCCGAGCCCGAGGAGCUGGGCCCCGAGGUGCUGAGCAGCGAGCACGUGGUGGUCAGGGCGAGUCCCUCGCAGAUCGACUCGGAUGAGAGGGAGAGCCUCACCAGGGAAGAGGAGGAAUACAGUGAAAAAGAGGAAGAGGAGGAUGAAGAAAAAGACAUAGAGGGACUUCAGGAAGAAAAAGAAUGUAGGGAACUACAAGAAGUAGGGGAUGCAGAAGAAGUAGCAGCAGUAGAAGAGGAAGAAGGGAAAACUGAAGGUGACAAGAAUGAUGAAGCUGUAAAUCAAGCAAGCAAUGCAGAACCAGAAGUUAUACAAAAUAAUGGGCAGGUGUCAGAAGAAAAUAACGAAUAAAGCUUACAUGCUAGGUUUUUUCUAUAAGGAAAAAAAAAAUUGGUAAUGAAGUUCCUUCUAUAUUAUACAUGCUUUUCAUGGAAACGCAGUAGCCUGCAUACUGUGAUUUCUGUUCACUACUGUGUAAAAAAAUAUAUAUAUAAAAAAAAUGAAAAUAAAAAAAAAAGAAAUCCAGGUGUGCCUGAACCUCAAACUUAGUAAUUUUUCACACAGUUUUCAAAGUUAGGAACAAGUUUAUAACAUGAAGCAGAUUAGAAAAAUACAGUGACUCUGGAAGCAAAGAUUUAACAGGUUGUAGGAAACCUGAUUAUUAGACAAGCAUCUGGCAUUGUUUGUUUUAUCAGUAUUAAUUUUCAUUCUCAAGUUGAUUAAUUUUUAAACUGUACAAUUGGGAGAGAUUUAUAUGAAUUUUUUUUUUAUGGUAAAACAUUUCCUAAAUCCGCUUCAGUAUUUUCUUAUGUUUUACAAUGUGAGAACUUCUGCACUACAAAAUUCCCUUUUGCAGAGACGUGUAAUGCAGUUGCAAACAGUGCUUGGCUACCUUUGCAAAUUCAAUCUAGAAGGUAGCAGUUUAUGACAUUAGAUGUUGUAGUAGAGCAUAUUAUCAUUUAAAGUGUAUUGUUAGCCUUAAGGAAGAAGAUGAUAGAAGAACUGAAGUUUCUUACUCAUGUGGUUAAAAAUGUAGUUGAGAAGAUUGUCGUUGAGUUCUGAUUGCAGGGACUAACAGUGUUAAUGCUGGUAAGGACGGGAAAGUUGUCAAAAACAGUGUUUGUAAUUGUGUUUUGAGUAUGUAGUAACAAUAUGAAGGAUAUGAUAUGAAGCUUUGUAUCUCCUCUGGCCUUAUGCAAGACCUAUGUGCUGUAAGUGCCAUUUAUCAGUAUUACAAAGGCUCUAAGCAGCCUUUAUCCAAUGUGUGGCCUACAAUAACUAGCAUUUGUUGAUUUGUAUCAAACUUCUAAACUAUUCAUGGGGAAAAAACACUCAGCCAUCAGAGAAGUAAGAACACUGGUAUAUUUCAUUAUUUAAUUAUUUGGUGGUAUUUUGGGUUAAUACCUGACUUGCAGAAUUUCUCUACAAUAAUUACAAGGGAAAUUUUCUAAUCUGCUUUAUUGCUUUAUUGGUUUACUUUAAUUUCAGACACAUACAUGACAUGUUAUCUGGCUCAUAAGUAUUUUCAAAUGUUAGUUAUUAUGGACCCCAUUUAUUAACAAUGUUAGCUGAUUUUUACCUAUCAGUAUUAUUUUAUUUCUUUUAGUUUAUAGAUCUGUGCAACAUUUUGUACUGUAUGUCUUCAAACCUGGCAGUAUUAAUACCCUUCUUACUGACAUAUGUACCUUUUUAGUUUUAGAAAACUUUUAUAUUUAUGUGUCUUAUUUUUAUAUUUCUUUAUUUAUUACACAGUGUAGUGUAUAAUACUGUAGUUUGUAUUAAUACAAUAAUAUAUUUUAGUAUGAAAAUUUGGAAAGUUGAUAAGAUUUAAAGUAGAGAUGCAAUCGGUUCUCUUGCAUUGAGAUUUGAUUUAACAGUGUUAUGUUAACAUUUAUACUUGCCUUGGACUGUAGAACAGAAGAAUUAAAAUGGGAAUGUAUUAAUUUUACAAUUGCAAUCAAUUCAUUUUACCUUUACCCAGUUUUUAAUAUAAAGCUCUUAAAUUUUGAAAUUCACUGUGUGACUAAUAGCAUGAUGCUCUGCAGUUUUAUUAAGAGAUUAGUCUAACCAUAAAACUCUCAUUUCCUUAGUAAGCCAAAUUAGAAUAAUCUUAUAAAACAGUGUUGGGAACAAUGUUUAACAUUUUUGUGCCAAUUUGUUCCUGUAUUCAUGUAUGUAUGUUACAAAUCUGAAACUUCAUUUUUAAGUUCCUUGUUACAUCAUGGUCAUUUUCUAGUUUUUUACCAGACUCCCCAUCUCACAAUAAAAUGCGUCAACAAGUCUGACUUACUGUCAUUAUUCUGGUAAUGCAGAAAGUGCAUUUAAAUUAUUUCUACGAGAAGUUACUGAGACACAGCUCCUGCUUCCUGUGAUAGCUCUGGCUUUCAGUGGUACAUAAGGAGCAGGGAAGUGGAAGAAGGGUUUGAACUGUGUGCAGGCACAGGGAUUGCUGAAUUAGUUCGUUGAUUUACCAGUGUCAGGAGAACAACUGAGUUUUCAAAAUGAACCAUGUGGGUUGUUCUUUUGAGUCAUUUUAUUUUGCUGUACCGAUCUAAUAUACUGUUCAAUGCUAUUUUUCAAUAAGACUGCUUUUAAAUGAAAUAAGUUCACAACUGUUUUCUUGUCUUGCAAUAAGUUAGUUGUCCAUGGAAAGGCUGAUGUAUCUGUUGCUGUUGAACUUCACAAAGAUACAAUGCUAACAUUGCAGAUACAUCAUUUCAGUAAUGUAAGUAUAAAGGCUUGAAAAAUUUAAUACAUAUGCAUGGUUACAAUGUUUUGCCAUUCAAGCAAAGUUUACAGAUUGUUCUUUAAGCAAAGUUCUGUUCUUUAAUGAUCCCUAAAAUGGAAUUUCAGUUGUUUAUAGGGGGGCAGGGGGUUCACAAACAUCAUUUUAAGUUACUUUAUAUUCACAUACCUAAGUUUUGGGUAUUUCUCAGUCUUAUUAUCUCAGCAUUAAUACAUACAGAAGAUUUCUCCCAUAUAGUAAUCAUUUUACUUCCUGUGCAUCUUGCUGUACAGUAUAUGAAUACUGCAUUUUUAAGUAAACUUCUACCUUCAUAGUAUCAUUGAGCUAAAUAUGUGAAAGCUGUUUUGCAGAAACCAACCAUUUAUGUUGCAUUAAUAAUUUUGUCUUGGAAUUAUUACCAUAACAGAAAUAAUCAGGUGGUUCGGAAUCUCUCACAGGUAGAAUUGUCUCUGCUCUCUUUUAGGUAAUGAAACACACUCUCUUGAAACUGUUUUAAGGUUUUCAUAUUUUUCAUAUUCCAAGAUGUCUGUGGUAAUAAACCCAGUGAGACAUUUGUUGAAAUGGGAGAAUUUUGUUGUCUUUAGUAGUAGAACAGAGAAUUUUGGUAAACCUAAGGUUUCUCAUGUAAGUGACAGCUGAAUGUAGAAAGCCAGUAAUCUGGAUAGAAAGUAAAGUCCAAGCAACUUUUACUCAGGAAAUGUCAUUGUUCUGGGGGAGAAAAUUUAUAUUCAUUACUAUGUUAUUAGCAUUUUUAUCUUCAAAAUGGGUUGGUGCAUUGAGUUUUGCAUCUGUUAAGCUCAGCAAUGUCUUUGAUAUUUGUAAUAUCAUCUGUUACCUGUUUGAAAAACACAGAAACUGUGGUGUGUAUUCAUUUAGUUGAGCAAACUCAUGUGGAAGGCAGAGAUGCUUAGAGGAUGCAGGCCCCAUUCCCAGCCCCAGCAGUGAGAUUCCAGCGGUGAGGAAGCUCUGUGUGUGUGUGUGGAGAUGCCUGGGCAGCUGUGACCGAGUCCAAGCCCCAGGGGAGCAGCAGCAGCCCAGCUGUGGCCACAUGGGUUUUGUGAUUUUGUGACCUCUCUAAAUUAAUGGCAAAGCAGUUUCAAGGACAGUAAGUUUCCCACAUGAAAAAAAAAAAAAAAAA